AGAUGAUGGAUAUUUCAACUCUAUGGCUAUGAAUUCUUCUCAAAGUGUUGACAUUAAUGAUGCUUUUACAAGUGAGCAAAAUGAGAUCUCAAAAGGUGUUUUAGAUGCUUGUAAGGCAAAAUGUAUCAAGAGAAAUCUUGCUGUAGUUUCUGUCAAAGGUCGAAGAAAAAAAAGUUUCCUUGAAAAAGGGAAAAAAACAAGAAAAAACCAAGUAGCUAUAGCAAGGAGUGCUUCACCAACUAUUCCAUUAUCUAGAGAUAACAUUCCAAUUAUUGCUUCAGUGAGCACCUUGGGGGUGUCAUCUUCAUGUGUGACCUCUCAGUUGAUAAAACCAGUUGCCCAACAUAUCCAAAUAUCCAAUAUGGAAGUUGUCAUACCUACAUCAAGCAAUUCUGCUUCAAAGGGAAUACUUAUCGAAGAUGAGAUGGAUUUAACUGAAGAUUAGAUGUGUUAAGAAAAAACAAAACUGAAUGAUAUUGUCAUGAAAUUUAUAAUGAGUUUUGCUUGUUAUCUCAUGAUUUUGUUUAUUGUUAUGAUGUAAUGGUUGGGAGUGUUAGGAUCUUUUAUUUCUUGUUUUGGAAUUGCUGGACAUU